CUUCUCUAUCUGACCUAAAGAUCCUAAACGACUCCACUAUUCCUCGAAUUUGUCUUCCCCAGAUCGAGAUCUUUCUUGUCGGCAGCUUCAAGCGCUAGUGGUGGAGAAGAAUCUCAAUCGAUCUUUCUGUAGCGUUACACAAACCAGAGAGAUGGCUUUGAAGGUGGUGAAGAACGUGUUGCAAGGGAUCAAACAAAAGGGACUUGGCACCUUCUGGCGGGAGAUUAAGGAGGAAGGCUAUUUGAAGUGCCUUCCAGAUGGAAACCUCCUGCAAACCAAAAUUCACAAUAUUGGGGCAACGCUUGUUGGUGUUGAUAAAUUUGGCAAUAAGUAUUAUCAGAAUCUUGAGGUCCAACAUGGAAGGCACAGGUGGGUUGAAUACGCACAAAAGGGUCGUUACAAUGCUUCUCAAGUGCCAGCAGAGUGGCAUGGUUGGCUACACCACAUAACCGAUCAUACAGGUGAUGAGCUGCUGAUGCUGAAACCCAAGAGGUAUGGAAUUGACCACAAGGAGAAUUUCUCCGGAGAGGGUGAGCAGUACAUCUACCAUUCCAAGGGACAUACCCUUAAUCCUGGGCAAAGAGAUUGGACCAGAUACCAGCCUUGGGAACCAACCAAGAAUGAGUAGUUUCUCAAACGCCCUACUUCCUUUCAAAACUUGGCAAUUCUGGGUAAUUUGCUCCCAUUCCAAGAAUAAGGUUACCAUUCGUGUUUUGCAAUGAAAUUUUUUCAUAUGCUUUUCAUCAGCAAAGACCUGUAACUAUUAUGAGAAUAAUAGUUAUGACAUGUUGCUUUGUCAGUACAUCUAUAGUGAAAAUGCUUUGAUGAACUUUUCAGGCGAAGUAAGAUCGAGACUAGGGUCGUUAUUGGGUUCUUAUUGUCUCACUCAUUGCAGACGAUUAAAAUUCAGCCAAGUCUGCAUGAUAUGGCAGAAGCUCUCAA